GAUUGAAUCAAUGUCUGGGCUAAAGGUUAGUUCUCCCAACAGGUGUUAUAGGAUGGAGGUCCAAGAAACACAUGUUCAGCUCCUUCGCACCAAACAGAGGGUAGGCGUCCCACUGAGGUUCCAUGUGGAUCUUAUGUGUUCAUAUUUUGAUCGCCUAAGUCUACUAGGAACACCAAUAAGCGAAAGGAUGGCAGUCUCUGUCUUGCUCAAUUCACUACACAGUGGGUUUGGUCGCUUCAAGCAACAAUACCUAAGUGAACCAAGAGAAGAAACAGUUGCAGAAUUUAUUCACCUUGUCAGAAAGGCUGAAAUAGUACUGGACUGUGAAGCCAAAGAUUUACUCAAGGCUAGAAAGAGACCAUUCAAGAAAGGUGGAAAGUCCAAGGGCAAUGCUAAAUCAAAGCAGGACAAGUCCACAUCAAGCUGUCUUUAUUGUAAUGGAAUAGGCCAUUACAAAAGAGAAUGUCCAAAGCUAAAGGAAGAUCAGAAGAACGGAACAGUCGUUCCAUCUUCAGGGACUAAGAAGAAGUAGAAAGUUAAGCAAGGGAGAAGUCGACCUACGAG